AUGACGUAAUUGUGGAUCACUGACGCCAGAUUUUUGCCCUAAACUCUUCCCCAAAUACCCCUCCCUCCUCGCUCUGUUCGCUAUUGUUUGAAACGCUCGAACUGACAGGAGCCACAUGCUCCACUAACGCUCAGAUAAACGGAUUUUAAGUGAACUAAAGGUAUAGGUUGGAGUCUGUGCAUAUCCAUGGUGUUUUGAUGCAAAACAGGAUGUGACAUAAGCAGCCUUCACGUCUUCUGCUCGUGCGGUUUGGGCAUGGAUGAGGAGCCCCGUCCUCAUUCGCCCAGCUGAUCAAUCAGAAUGUUCGAGGUGAAGCCCAUGAGCGUGGAGAAAAAGGACACAGCUGUGGGAACAGAUGAGAGCAGUAAAGUUUGUGACGGGGGUGUCAGCGGGGAUUCGCUGUAUCUUUACGAGGGUCAGGACUGGGUCAUCUCCCCCUCCUGCUCUCCAGAAGAACCCAGCACCAUCUCACCCAUGCUGGCCGAGGAAACUUUCCGCUACAUGACAUAUCUAGCUGUUGGUUCCUCUUAUCCCCAUAAUGGCUCUAACAGCCUCUCUAAAGUCCUCAGCGCUGAGCGGGUGGAGCAGAUGACAAAGACCUACAAUGACAUUGACGUGGUCACACACCUCCUGGGUGAAAGGGAUCGCGACUUGGAAUUGGCCGCACGGAUUGGUCAGUCUCUCCUGCAGAGGAACCAUGUGCUUCAGGAGCGAAACGAAUCUCUGGAGGAGCAGCUAGCACAGGCUGUAGACCAGGUUCAUCAGCUUCAGCAUGAGUUGUCGAAGAAGGAUGAGCUCCUCCGGAUGGUUGCGAGCGCCAGCGAGGAGAGCGAGACCGACUCCAGCUGCUCCACGCCGCUACGUCACCCCACACCCGCAGGGGCCGCUCUCGCCCUCAGCCAGCUGGAGGUGCUACAAUCCAAACUCCAGGAGCUGGAGGAGGAGAACCUCUCGCUGAGAUCAGAGGCCUGUCACCUGAAGAAAGAGACCGUCACUUAUGAGGAGAAAGAACAGCAGCUGGUGAAUGACUGCGUUAAAGAGCUACGUGAGUCAAACAGUCAGAUGGUGUCACUGACGAACGAACUCUCCCAGAAGAACGAGGAUUUAAUGAGACAUCAGGAGGAGAUCGCUCAACUCCUCUCACAGAUCGUAGAGCUCCAACAAAGAAUCAAAGAGUUGGCGCUAGAGAAAGAAGAACUGAGAAUUCACCUUCAAGCCUCAAAGGAAGCACAACGGCAACUCACGGCUGAGCUUAAGGAGCUGUCGGACAGAAAUGCAGAGUGUGUGGGAAUGUUACAUGAGUCUCAGGAGGAGAUUAAGGAGCUGCGCAGUAAGAACACGCCAUCUGCAGGCCUGCGCAGACACCUGCCUUAUGGACUCUGUCCCAUGGAUUCAUUGGCAGCUGAGAUUGAAGGUACUAUGAGGAGAGAGUUGAGUGUAGAAGAAGAAAUCACAUUUCAGUACCAGAGGUCGACCCAUAAGCGUGUGUUCCAGACGGUACGGUCUGUUAAUCAGGCUGUGAUGAGAGCGGCUGCCGCAGUGCCUCCAAUCCCUGGCUCCGCCCGCAGCGGCGUGGUCAUGACACCAGUGCCCUAUCUAUCACACACACCCAACACAGAGGAAGGAGCCAUAGAUGUGGAUGUCACCAAAGAGAACUCCCGUCUAGGUCAGCCCGGCUGUCCCGGAGGAAAUGACCUUACAUCAGCCCUAAAUCGCCUCUCCCUGCGGAGGCAGAAUUUCCUGUGCGAGCGACAGUUCUUCCAGGCAGAGAGAGACCGGAAGCUGCAGGAGUUGGCGGCUGCAGAGUCGGAUGGGGGUGGUAGCGGCUGCAGUUCACCAAUGGGAAGCACCGUCUCUUCUUUCACCAACCUGUCAGAAUUCUCCUUUUCCUCCAGCUGUUUCAAGACAUUUCUCCCUGAAAAACUGCAGAUUGUUAAACCAAUGGAAGGUUCUCUGACUCUUCAUCAUUGGCAGCAGCUUGCUAAACCCCACCUGGCCACUAUUCUAGACCCCCAUCCAGGUGUAGUUACCAAAGGCUUCCGCCCUCUCCCUCAGGACAGUGUUUAUCACCUGAAUGACCUUGAAGAAGAUGAAGACCAGGAGAAACUAGCAUGGGAACAUAAGAGAAAAGAGGAGGAGCCACAGGCCAGAAAAACAAAAGAAGAAGAUGUGGAGGAGGAGGAGGAGGAGGAGGAGGACGGAAUCACAUUUCACGUGCGGUCAUCGUCCACUCCGGAAGAGAAGAUGGAGAGGAGGCCUGUCCAAAGCACAACUAAUGUCCCGCCCCUUCCUGCAUCCCUCAGGAAUUCCCCUGUACCCAUAGCAAUGGCUGUCUCCUUAGCAACAGCAGUUAACCUGACUGCUGCUCCUGCAGUUAGUUCUGGAAUCUCAGGAUCAGCAGUUCCCCAGUUUGACCUGAAUGUCUGCUCUAAAGUGCCCUCUACAGCUGUAAAUCCUGGGAAAUAUCAGAGCUCCACUUUUUCCACGUACACCUUCACUACUUGCCGGAUCCUGCAUCCUAGUGACAGCACACAGGUUACACCCAGCUCUGCCUGUAGUCCUUCUGUCAGCGUCAACACCCCGAGUUCUCUCCGGACCGGUCCCAGUACUCCAGUCACACCCUGCAGGUUGAGUCUGGGUGAUUCUUUCCCGGUUCGCCGCCCUGCUGCACCCCCUGGUGGUCUCGCCAAGCUCCUGCUGGAGAAAGGCAUCUCUGCUCAGGGUCCCGCUGCUGUGGUGGCACCUAAAAAGCCUCUUUCUCUACGUCUUCUUCCCAGCACUCCUCCAAACUCCCCCUCCCAUUCCCCAUGCCCCUCCCCUGUGCCCUUCGACUCCCGAUCCACCUCUUCGGACAACUUCCUGGCAUCCCGUCCCGCUGAGCUCUUCCUGCAAGACGUUUAUGGGCUGAAACUCGGUCGUGCCUCCCGACCCGAUCUCCUCAGCCCUGAACAAUCCCCUCAAGGGCAGUCAACCAAACCAGACUGCCACGGCGUCAAGCUCGUGGAGCAACUUCGCAAGCUAGGCUUGGAUAAAAAAGUGCUCCAAGGGUCGGAUGCCGAUGGUGCCCAUCCACAGGAAUCUGCCACCUUCCUAGCAACAGGAGGCGGCAGCUUAUUGGACGGGCUCAGGCGAAAUCAAAGUCUGCCUGUUAUGGUUGGCCGCCGUAGCGCAUCCGUCUCCAGUCCGUCCUUUCCUGUCCCGCCCCCUCACCCUACUUCCUUGGCCCUUCCCACUCCACCAUGGGGGAACCUAAACGAACCGCGCCGCACACGUAGACACGCCUCCCUUUCUCAGGCCCCACCCCACCUGCAUAAUUCAUAAGGAUGUGGGUGUGGUCUCAGACCAGUAGGAGAGUUGAUGCCAUCAAAACCAUCUGUUCCCCUUCCUGCCACCCGUAAACAGUCAAAAAGAAGCUGAAAGACAUAUAAGGUUGUUUUUAAAGCACAAAAAAAUGAAGGGAAAGUGUCUUGUAGCCAUGUUUAUGUUAAAAUGAAGAUUUUAAAGGCCUUAUCAUAGCACUCAAGAGGAAAUACAGACUUUUAAUACUGUUUUUCCCCUGAAUUUCCUGUCUUUUUUCCUUUUAUUGUUCAUCUUUGCCCCUUUAUCCUUAUUUACUCUCAUUAACAUUUCAUUGCACUUAUUUUCUGUCCAUUAACUCAUGAGGCUGUGGAGUUGUGGGGUGUCGGAUAGAGCAGGAAGGAAUAUGUACGUGUAGAAGGAUGUUGAAUGUUGGAUGGAAGGAAGGAAGUUUAAAGGAAUGCUAUAAAGUACUGGGAAUAUGAAGGUUUCUGUAGGUUUAUUUAGAAUUUUCUGUCACUUUGAUUCAUCCUAGUGAAUCAUAUAAAAGAGAUUGAGGUGAUGAACACAAACAAGAAUGAAAUAUGGAAGUGAAAUUAAUGGUUGCAUCUCCACAGCCUCAUUUUAGGAGUUUGUCUUGAUUCAUUCAGCAGUUCCUGAGAGUUUCCAGUCUAUCCUGCUUUAUAUAUAGCUGAAGCCUCUUAGACAUUUAGUAGAACAUCUACCUGCUGGUAUUUUUGCAUCAUUACAGGUGUAGGUGGAAGGUCUAACCAAGAUUUUGCUUCCCUCAGUAUUAUAGUGUAUAUGGACAUAAGCUUCUCUUAUUACUUUGCACUGAAUUAAUUGGUUAUUGGGGAAGUUUGUCACAAAAGAGCACAUCUGGAUUGCUCAAGACAUUUGAGUUUUGUACAGGCAUUUGUUCUGCCCUACUCUGCUACAUGUAACCCUAUUCUAAACGGUGUAUUAUUUAAAAUAAUAUUCAGGGACUGUGUAUUUAAGGGAAAGGAGUUAUCUGUUCAUAUGUACACUUGGAAAGCAUCACUGCAGAUUAUACUCUGUAGUGGGUUAAUUUUGGUUUAAGAUGAAAAUGCGACUGAAACGUGAAUUAUUCUUGGACUAGGAUAAAUUUUAUUAUUAUAUUCUAUUGUCAUUCUGUUUUGCAUUUACAUCCCUUAAAUAUAAAACAUGCAAAUUUUAUUUUUAGCGAAUACAAAAACCUUUCUAAAGUAGCCCUAGAGAUGUCUACCACAUGGUCUUGACACCUUGCCCAUGACCUUUGACCCCUGAAUGAAUUCCAAUUGUGCUUCCUUGUCAUCCUCACUUCUUUUCUCAUUAUGCACUUUUCAUUUUAACAUAUUAGAAUUGUGUUUUUAGUAAAUAGACAUUACAUGUGUUAUCUAACAAUAAGGUAAAACUAUAGUAUGUUAGUAUAUUUAUCCUGAGAGAUGGCUAAUAUGAUUUACUAACCAUUCAGUUAGGAAUGAGGUUAUUAGAUUUCGUAUUUUUGGUGGAGUUUGAGAAGGGACUCAAGAUUUAAAGGCCUUUUUGGGUUUGAACCAAAAUUAGUCUUUUUUGCCUGAAUUGUCAUUUUUAUAAGCUAAAACUUGUGUUUUUGUGUUUUUGGUAAACUGACCAUUUGUGCUUUGUAGUAAACACAAUGACAGCACAGGGAAAACCAUCGGUUUGCUUCAGAAACUCUUAGAGGUGAGACAUUUUUCAGCCAUGCCAGUGAACAAAAACUAAAUGUGAUUCAAACUAAACUUCCGUUUCGGAUCACAUCAUACAACUUCUUCAGACUAAUACCAGCAUGCUUGCAGCAUAUAUACAUCACUAGCUUUAUCUCUAAUCCGAGCUGAAGUGUAUGGUACUAAACGCAUGAUUUGAUUUAAGUAUCAAAAGUGUCCUUAUUUACAUCCUGCUGUUGAUGUCAUCAAGCUCUCUGCUGCCAUUCAGGUCGAAGGUUAAUGCUUGAAGAUGUUGUGACAUCAAGCACCAAGUGAUUACUUUUGUGCUAUUGACCUAGUAACCACAGCCUUGGUGUGUUUUCCUAUGUGUUUAGCUGUCAGAACCCUGUAUCAGCAUCAUUAUGUUGGGUUUUUUUUAUAAUAAAACAAACAAAAUCAA